AUGAGGAGAAUUCAAGGUAGGCUUCCAGCAACGAACAUUGUUCUCGCCGAAGAACAAGAUGCUGAAGAUCAAAAAGAAGAUCCAUUGGCGAUGUCACUAUCAACGUCCCGGAGGAGACAGACUUCGCCGAUGCUGCUGUCAAUUACAUCGAAGCUGCUGCCGAUAUUCCCUACGCAACAGCAGCCAAGAUCGCCAUGA